UUAAAUGUUAUUGUGUGAAUUUCUUUACCACCGACUAAAAUGAAAACCCAUACCUUUGAAUCUUCAUGAAACUUCUCGAACUAACCAAACACCUCCACCCAGCCUUUCUUUCAUUCCCUCCCUGCGUUCCAAUCGACAAUCAUCGAUCUCCGACGCUCGAAACUAACCAAUCCGAAAUACACUCCCGCUUUUUCCAUUGAAGCAAAUCCACAAGCAUCUGGCAGCCAUGGCAGAAGACGGAGUCGUAACACUCUACAACAACACGGCCAUAACCGACACCAAGAAAAACCCAGUCUCGAUCAAAGUGGGCCUGACACAAAUGCUCCGUGGCGGAGCCAUUCUCGAAGUUUCCAACACCAACCAAGCCAAAAUCGCCGAAGAAGCAGGCGCCUGUUGUUUAGUCAUCACUGAACCCAACCGCCAAGGCAUUUCACGCAUGCCGGAUCCUGCUCUCAUCAAACAAAUAAAGCGCGCCGUUUCGAUCCCCAUCAUGUCUCGUUCCCGCAUCGGCCAUUUCGUCGAAGCCCAGAUACUCGAACGAGUCGGGGUCGAUUACAUUGACGAAAACGAGGUUUUAGCCAUAGCUGAUGAAUUCAAUUUUAUUAACAAGCAUAAUUUUAGGUGCCCUUUUGUUUGCGGCUGCAGGAACCUCGGCGAAGCGUUAAGGAGAGUUAGAGAAGGAGCUGCAAUGAUUAGAACGCAAGGUGACUUGUCAGGCACUGGUAACAUCGUCGAAACAGUUAAAAACGUCAGGUGUGUGAUGGGUGAAAUUAGGAUCUUAAAUAACAUGGAUGAAGAUGAAGUUUUUGCAUUUUCGAAGAAAAUUGCCGCACCUUAUGAUUUGGUUGCUCAGACUAAGCAAAUGGGUAGACUGCCAGUGGUACAUUUUGCUGCUGGGGGAAUCGUGACUCCGGCAGAUGCUGCACUGAUGAUGCAGUUAGGGUGUGAUGGUGUCUUUGUUGGGUCAGAAGUGUUUGAUAACUGCUCGGAUUCGUAUAAGCGUGUUCGUGGGAUUGUAGAGGCAGUUAGGCAUUAUAACGAUCCUCAUGUUUUGGUCGAGAAUAGUUGCGGAUUGGAAGGGGAGAUGGCGGGGCUUAAUGUUUCUGAGGAAAGUAUGGAACAGUUUGGAGAAUAAGGAGCUUGAUCAAGUAGUGCAUCUUCUCUUUGCUUCUUCUUGUAGUUGGGAAUAUGAGUCCUUUCCCCCCUUUGCUUUGUUAUUGUUUACUUGUUCUAGUUUUGUUAAGGUAUACUGUAUUUUGUUUGCCAAGUUAAUAGGAAUAUGAACCAGAAUAAGUUGGUCGAUUAUUCUGUUACCAUAAUUUUGUAUGUUGAACUCUUUGAGGCUAUAUAUAAUGCAGGAAUGAACUAGAAUAAAUUGAUUGAUCA